AUGUUUAGCGGAUCCCCACUACUCCUUCUACCGGAUUUGGUAAUGGACGAAGUUUUGAAGAAUCUUGAUAUGAAUUCAUUACUCACACUGAAAAAAGUGUCUCGAGGACUACGCGUUUUUAUCGGUCGGAAAAAAUUGGAUUUCAAAAUCUCGACUCUCACUAUUUCUGUCAAAAAAGAUGUUGCAUGUUUGACUCUGUUUAUCGAUGGAGAGCAAUAUGCAUGCAUAGAAUAUGGUAGAAAAGAUGAAAGUGUCACAUUGGUUUCUAGUCUCCACAAAAAGAAUCUAGUUAGUAUGGACUACUUGGAUGCUCUUUGUAUAGAUCUGGAAAUCAUUUUGAAGCAUCAAAAAUCGAUUAUCGAGAAGUUUGAAGUACUCAUCAGCGGAGGACCAGAAAUCAAAAACUUUGUUAUAUUGGAACACCAAACAAAAAAGUUUCUGGCAGAUCUUAAGAACAUUCUGAAAUAUCGGGAGAGUCCGAUUAAAGCCGAAUUUUUGAAAAUGGAAGUUUUAAAUCAAAACCAAGUGAUGCAAGUUCUCCCAUUUCUCAACGCAAAGACACUGGAUACAAUCUCGUUGAGCAACUCUAGAGGAUCUAUGAAUUUUCUAAAUUUGAAUCAAAUCGCAAAUCUCGACCAGUGGAAGAAUGCGUCCGCGUUUCAAACAGAACGGUUUAUAGUGUCACAAGCAAUGAUUGACUUUGCACAUUUUUCGUACACUGGAACUAACUUCGAGACGAUUUCAGCUGGAGAUUUACUCUAUUUGAAAGAGACACUCAUUGGAAAACCAAGCUUUGAAGAAAUGAGAUUGAGAUGCAGAUUCAUCCUCAACGAAAAAUUUCUUGUUGAGCUUCUUGGAGAACCAGUCAAUGGUUUGGAUAGUGGAUUGAAAGUGUGGGAGUUUGAUGUACCGGAAGAGAAGAGAAAGUUGAGAAUCAAAGUUUGUCCAUGCAUGAGUAUCAUCAUUUCGAAUGUGGAGGAGGCUCAGUAA